AGGGGAGGAGAGACAGAGGGAGAGGAGAGGACAACAGGGUCUGCAGGUUAAAGAAUCUGCUCUAUUUCUAGCAGAGCUGUGCAGAAGGCAAGUUGGGAGCGGUGCAGGACUGUGACUAGUCACUCAGCUGCUCGGAUGAGGAAGAGCCAUGACAGGAUGCAGGGAUAACCAGAGAGCCUGACCGGAGACAGAACCUCCGCAGGGCAGAGAGGAGCCUGACCAGGCAGGGGGAGAGAGGGGUCAGCAACACUGGAGCUCAAGGAUAAGCCAUGGACUCUGCACAUCCCCGACGCCUGCUGGACCUCCACAAUGUUCCCUGCUAAUCUCCUGGUCCUGAUGGUCCUGUUGCUACCUCAAGUCGUGUCAGCUCGCGAGGGGGCUUCUGACCCGAGCACACCGCCACAGCUCAGCCUGGCUCAGACCAUUCAGAACUUGCUGCUGACCCGGCUGGGCCUGCGGAACCGGCCCGAACCCCGUCCAGGAACCCCCAUCCCGCAGUACCUGCUGGACGUCUACCGGUUCCACUCCCAGGACUUCCACCUGAUUCAGGACCCGGGCUUCAGGUUCCCCACCAGGCAUACCCAGGGCGCCAACACCCUCCGCAGCUUCCACCCCCUGGAGACUCCAAGACACCUCCUCCCGAGUAGCCAGGGGGAAACAGACAGCUUCCACAUCGUAUUCAACGUCUCGUCCAUUCCCAGGGACGAGCGGGUGACAUCAGCUGAGCUUCGCCUCUCCCGCAGGGAGCAGUCUGUGCCCUCCGGGACUCAAAGGGUUAACUUAUACCAGCUCCCUGAUCCCAGGAGCCCAGCAGACACCGAGACCCGGCUCCUGGCGUCCAGGCUGCUGGCAGAUGACCACGAUUCGCACUCCUGGGAAAGUUUCAGCCUUGGCGCGGACUUGUUUGACACACCCAAUGGCCAGACGCACCAUGUGGCAUUCGUGCUGGAGGUGACGCACCUGAACAGCAGCCGCCCUCCGGAGCAGCGAAGGGAGCGUUUGAGGGUCAGGAGAUCCGUGGGCCAGGACCAGCCCAGCUGGGCCCAGGAGAGACCCCUCCUGGUGACCUACAGCCACGACGGGAGGGGCCAGCCCCUGGCCCAGAAGAGGGUCGAGCCCAGGAGGACCAGGGGCCCCUGGGAGAGAAGGGUGAAGCGCAACGGCAGGUUGCACAAGCUCAAGAAGAUGGCCAGGGCGCGCUGCAGGAGGCACCCCCUCUACGUGGACUUCAAGGACGUGGGCUGGAACAAGUGGAUCGUGGCUCCCAGUGGCUACCACGCCUUCUUCUGCAUGGGGGAGUGCCGCUUCCCGCUGGCCGACCACAUGAACUCCUCCAGCCACGCCAUGGUGCAGACGCUGGUCAACUCGGUCAACAGCAACGUGCCGCGGGCCUGCUGCGUGCCCACCACACUCAGCCCCAUCGCCAUGCUCUACCUGGACCAGCACGACCGGGUGGUGCUCAAGAACUACCAAGACAUGGUGGUGGAGGGCUGCGGCUGCAGAUAACAGCAGGCCGCGCCCAUCUCAACGCGGGGCGUCCCGGUUUCGGACCCUGAAACCCAUAGCGCAGUACGAGUACAGGCUCAGUGCCAGCAGACACGGGACACCUCAGACAGAAGUUCUGAGAAGCGCCGCGGGAGGAACUGAGCGAGAGGGUGUUUUCUGGACUGGGCUCCACAUUUCUGUGCAAUGGGUGAAUUAAAAGUAAAGAGCAGCAAACGUGAAAACAAACAGGUGGAAAGACAGUACACAUCUGAGAAACUGCCACUUGAAAAGCUUUCCUCUAAGAAUAUGUUUAUAUUUAAAACUGUAAGGGAAAUAUUUUGCUUUUAUUGUAAAGAUGUCUCUAAUUCAAAAUAUCCACACCGUAUGUUAUAAACCAGGGGUGUUCCAGUCCAGUCUUGGAGGGUCAGUGGGUAUAUAUCGCCUUUCAAGGCUUCUCUGGAGCAGCAGCACCUGGAGAGAACAGGGAAAAGAGGUUAAACUGCUCAGUUUAAGCCAAUGAACUCUCCUGGGAACGUUAAGAGCUGAGCAGCUCUGAAAACCACUGUGAGGACACAGAGGGCCUCUGGGACUGUUUCUAAUGAAAAUGGGCCCUUAAAAUGAAUGAAAGAAUAAAACUAGAAACAUGAGUGUACCAGUAUUAAAUAAACUAGAACUAGGAAACUAGGAACUAUUUAAAUUCCAUGAAAGCCCCACAUUGCAGUCUUGCAGUCUAACAGAACAGUUUUUACAAAGACAGGUGGUUGAACAAGGGAAAACAUUAAUAGUAACAGUGAUCGGAAGGGUGUGCUGCUAUAUAGUCAGAGCUUCACAGACAGGAGAGAAGCCUCUUCACGCAACACUGGAGCGCAGGUCUCCUCCAGGGCAUUUGAUCUUAGAGAAAAAAGCGGCAGAGCGGUGGCUCUGUGGCUCAGGAUCUGUGCCUGUGGCUGGAAGGUUGCCGGUUCAAAUCCUGCAACC